GUAGGCAGCCAGCCCGCCCGCACCGCCGCCCGCCCGCCCGGCCCAGGCACCCGCUGGGUCCGUCCCCCGCCCCAGCCUCCCCGGUGGCUCUCGGCAGGCGGUCGCCCGCGCCCGGUGAAUGUGGCUGGCAGCCGCCGUCCCCUCCCUCGCUCGCCGCCUGCUCCUCCUCGGCCCUCCGCCUCCUCCCCUCCUUCUCCUUCUCAGUCGCUCCUCUCGCCGCCGCCGCCGCCGCCUCCACAGCCUGGGCCUCGCCGCGAUGCCGGAGAAGCGGCCCUUCGAGCGGCUGCCCGCCGAGGUGUCGCCCAUCAACUACAGCCUCUGCCUCAAGCCCGAUUUGCUGGACUUCACCUUCGAGGGCAAGCUGGAGGCCGCCGCCCAGGUAAGGCAGGCAACCAAUCAAAUUGUGAUGAAUUGUGCUGAUAUUGACAUUAUUACAGCUUCAUAUGUGCCAGAAGGAGAUGAAGAAAUCCAUGCAACAGGAUUUAACUAUCAGAAUGAAGAUGAGAAAGUCACCUUGUCUUUUCCUCGCACUCUCCAAACAGGUACAGGAACCUUAAAGAUAGAUUUUGUUGGAGAGCUGAAUGACAAAAUGAAAGGUUUCUACAGAAGUAGAUACACCACUCCUGCCGGCGAGGUGCGCUACGCUGCUGUCACACAGUUUGAGGCUACUGAUGCCCGAAGGGCUUUUCCUUGCUGGGAUGAGCCUGCUAUCAAAGCAACUUUUGAUAUCUCGCUGGUUGUGCCUAAAGACAGAGUGGCUUUAUCAAAUAUGAAUGUAAUUGACAGGAAACCAUAUCCUGAUGAUGAAAAUUUAGUGGAAGUGAAGUUUGCUCGCACACCUGUUAUGUCUACGUAUCUGGUGGCAUUUGUUGUGGGUGAAUAUGACUUUGUAGAAACAAGGUCAAAAGAUGGUGUGUGUGUCCGUGUUUACACCCCUGUUGGCAAAGCAGAGCAAGGAAAGUUUGCGCUCGAGGUUGCUGCUAAAACUUUGCCUUUUUAUAAAGACUACUUCAAUGUUCCUUAUCCUCUACCUAAAAUUGAUCUCAUUGCUAUUGCUGACUUUGCAGCUGGUGCCAUGGAGAACUGGGGCCUUGUUACUUAUAGGGAAACGGCAUUGCUUAUUGAUCCAAAAAACUCGUGUUCUUCAUCACGCCAGUGGGUUGCUCUGGUUGUGGGACAUGAACUCGCCCAUCAAUGGUUUGGAAAUCUUGUUACUAUGGAAUGGUGGACUCACCUCUGGUUGAACGAAGGCUUUGCAUCCUGGAUUGAGUAUCUUUGUGUAGACCACUGCUUUCCAGAGUAUGAUAUCUGGACUCAGUUUGUUUCUGCCGAUUAUACCCGUGCCCAGGAACUUGAUGCCUUAGAUAACAGCCAUCCGAUUGAAGUCAGUGUGGGCCAUCCAUCUGAGGUUGAUGAAAUAUUUGAUGCUAUAUCAUAUAGCAAAGGUGCAUCUGUAAUCCGAAUGCUACAUGACUACAUUGGCGAUAAGGACUUUAAGAAAGGAAUGAAUAUGUAUUUAACCAAGUUCCAACAAAAGAAUGCUGCCACAGAGGAUCUCUGGGAAAGUUUGGAAAGUGCCAGUGGCAAACCCAUAGCAGCUGUGAUGAAUACCUGGACCAAACAAAUGGGAUUCCCUCUCAUUUAUGUGGAAGCUGAACAGGUAGAAGAUGACAGAGUGCUGAAGCUGUCUCAAAAGAAGUUCUGUGCCAGUGGACCAUAUGGCGGUGAAGACUGUCCUCAGUGGAUGGUUCCUGUCACAAUUUCAACUAGUGAGGAUCCCAGCCAGGCUAAACUGAAAAUACUAAUGGAUAAGCCAGAGAUGAGUGUGGUUUUGAAAAAUGUCAAACCAGACCAAUGGGUAAAGCUAAAUCUGGGAACAGUUGGGUUUUAUCGAACCCAGUACAGCUCUGCCAUGCUCGAAAGUUUAUUACCAGGCAUCCGUGACCUUUCUCUGCCCCCAGUGGACCGACUUGGAUUACAGAAUGACCUCUUUUCUCUGGCUCGAGCUGGCAUCAUUAGCACUGUAGAGGUUCUAAAAGUCAUGGAGGCUUUUGUGAAUGAGCCCAAUUAUACUGUAUGGAGCGACCUGAGCGGUAACCUGGGGAUUCUUUCAACUCUCUUGUCCCACACAGACUUCUAUGAGGAGAUCCAGGAGUUUGUCAAAGAUGUCUUUUCACCUAUAGGAGAGAGAUUGGGCUGGGACCCCAAACCUGGAGAAGGUCAUCUAGACGCACUCCUGAGGGGCUUGGUGCUGGGCAAACUGGGAAAAGCAGGGCAUAAGGCAACUUUGGAAGAAGCCCGUCGUCGGUUUAAGGAGCACGUGGAAGGGAAGCAGGUUCUUUCUGCUGACCUAAGGAGUCCUGUCUAUCUCACUGUUUUAAAGCAUGGGGAUGGCGCUACCUUAGAUAUCAUGCUGAAGCUUCACAAACAAGCUGAUAUGCAAGAAGAGAAAAACAGAAUUGAAAGAGUUCUUGGGGCUACUCUUUCACCUGAACUGAUUCAAAAAGUCCUCACUUUUGCACUUUCAGAAGAGGUCCGUCCGCAGGACACUGUGUCGGUGAUUGGCGGAGUGGCUGGAGGCAGCAAGCAUGGGAGGAAAGCUGCUUGGAAAUUCAUCAAGGACAACUGGGAGGAGCUUCACAACCGGUACCAGGGAGGGUUCUUAAUAUCCAGACUAAUAAAGCUGUCAGUGGAGGGGUUUGCAGUUGAUAAAAUGGCUGGAGAAGUUAAGGCUUUCUUCGAGAGUCACCCAGCUCCUUCAGCUGAGCGUACCAUCCAGCAGUGUUGUGAAAAUAUCCUGCUGAAUGCUGCUUGGCUCAAGCGAGAUGCUGAGAGUAUUCACCAGUACCUCCUUCAGCGGAAAACCUCCCCACCCUCAGUGUGAAGCCUCCUCCGCACCUGGGUUUCACUGCCUCUCUGCAGGGAUGAGGCGGAGCUACCAAACCGCUGAUUCACAUGCCAAGAAUGUGGAGUCUUACACCAGUGGGGGUUGGACAAUGAAUGUAGUUAACUGGUUCCUGCUCACACUCCAGAAUUAAAUUCUAUUGAAAAAGGAAAAUCAGCAAUUCAGCAAAAAAAAAAAAAUAAAUAAAAAAAUAAAAUAAAAAUGUAAAUAUGAUAGUAAUAAACUAGAGCAUAACGAAACUGUGAAACUUCCUGAAGCCUGUCAUGGUCAAAGUGUUGAACACUCUCCUGUUAGUGACGGAUAUUGUUUUAUAGCCUGUCAGAAGGAAAGAGGCUUUGGGGGCAGAGGGGUUUUGUGAAGUGGGUUCUACAUGCAGCCCGACGAGCCGGGUAUGUCCAUCGCUGGGGAUGCUGACCAAAAGGCUGGUUGCUGGCUCACAUAGUGGAGCCUGUGCAGAAUUAUAAGUGGGUUUUCUUUUUCCUUUUUGGCAUGGGAACCGACCAGGAAGGUAUCUUUUCCUGUAUAACUCAAUCUGAACCAAGGAUUGUAGUUGCCUUGCCUCCCUUCUGUGUGAUCCCCAACCCCCCAAAAAGUAAUGAAAAGCUUUAAAAAACAAAACAAAACAAAAAAAACCCACCCUCCCCCCUUCCCAGGCUCUCCCUUUAGUUCUGUCCAGCCCUGACCUGUCCUUAGACAAAAGGAACAUCUUUGAUGGCCACAUUAAAUAGGAGGAGCUGAUAUGCUUUUAUUUCCUAAGAUAACCUUUAAGGAACCCUGAAAUGCAUAAGAGGUGAAAGAAUAGAAGUAAAGAUUAUCAGCUAGGCCUUUCUGCUCAAAACUGUCCCAUUUACCUGACAGGCCAAAUGCUGCACCUCUUCCGAACAGUAUCAGUGAGCCUGGCUCACUACUUGUGCAUAUGAGGGGCCAGUGGGGACUGCUGUGGGGCCCAGAUGUUCGCUGUGCCGCUGUGUCGCCAGCGUGCCCACUAAGGAGCCUCGCCACCUAACCCAGUGUGUUUUUACUAAGUCUCAGCCCCUCCCCCACCCCCUUUUUCUUCCCUCUUCCUUUUUUUUCUGAAUCCUUUUAUUUUGUGUUAACAGAAAUUCAUAUUUGGUGUGGCUUAAUGUAUUUUGGAAGGUCAUCAGAUUGUGAGACUGCUUCCUUGAAACAUUUUUGUGCUAUUGUUUUAAAAAUAAUAAUUAAAAAACAGUUGGCGUUAAUAAAAAUGUCAAUGUGAA